UGGCUUUCAGUUGCCGUUCGGCCGGCCAUCGAGUAGGAUCUCUGUUUCGCGAGUGAUAGUCAUUUAAAAUUUUCUCGAUUUGCGGAGGUAUUGUUUUUCCGUAUUAAUUUUUAUCUCAUUUUAUCGACAUUUUCUUUGCAUUUGGAUAAUCGACGAUCGUUAUCGGUCGCUUCGGCGAACUUAAGCGUCAUCGAAAGAACAUAUUGUCGAUAUUGAUACAAGAUGAGUACACCGGGCAAGCAAGUGCGGAAUGGUACUUACGAGUUCGAUUACAUGCGUGUGCCCGAAAACAAAACACGAUGGGAGGUUAUACGUGAUGGCUUUUACAAUCCUGUUGAAGGCACUUAUUGUGGACAUCCACCUAAAAAGUGGGCUUGGACACUCGUUUUUUAUAGCUGUUUCUUCUCGGUUUUGGCCUUGCUCUUUGCAAUUUGUAUGAAGGGCCUUUUGGCAACUAUUAACAACGACAAACCUAAAUGGAUAUUGGACAGUAGUAUCAUUGGGACCAAUCCAGGACUUGGAUUCCGGCCAAUUUCGGACAAUCCAGAUGAAAGAUCUUUAAUUUGGUAUACAGCAUCGAAUGCAACCGAAGUGGAAAAGUGGACCAAACUUUUGGAUAAAUUUUUAGAAGAAUACAUAGAUUCGUCUCUUUUACCAAACGGUGGUAGGAAUCAACAGAUUUGCAGUUAUACUCAAAAACCAAAACCUGGAAAUGUUUGUGCUGUUGAUGUCAAUAAUUGGGGACCUUGUUCACCGAAACAACAAUAUGGUUUCAACAAUUCAGCACCUUGUGUUUUUAUUAAAUUAAAUAGAAUAUAUGGAUGGGUACCAGAAUAUUAUAACGACACCAAAAAUCUACCAUCGGAUAUGCCGCUUAACUUAAUCAAUCAUAUUAAAAAAACCAACAGUUCUUGGUUAAAUACUGUGUGGGUAUCAUGCAAAGGGGAGGAUCCAUACGAUAAUGAAACUAUCGGUGAACUAGCAUACUAUCCGCAAAAUCAUGGAUUUCCAGGAUUUUAUUAUCCAUACGAGAAUGUUCAAGGAUACCUAAGCCCACUCGUGGCUGUACAUUUUCUUCGACCAGCUAGAAAUACAAUAAUCAACGUUGAGUGUAGAGCAUGGGCGAAGAAUAUUAAAUACAAUACGAGAAAAUCGGAGAAAAAAGGUGCUGUACAUUUCGAACUUCUGGUAGACUAGUCACAUAUCACAUUCUAUUAUGAAACAUAAAUGUCUUCUGCUUGAAGUAAUGUCAACUUGAUUAGAAAAAGAACGUUUCUCGUUCGAAUGUGUAAACAUUAUGCCGAUGCAGAAUCAGAUUAGAAUUAUCUUCAGUAUAGUAAACGUGAACUCAUUACUAGCUAAAUACAGAUUGAUAUUGAGCUGAUAAUGAGUAUGUAAGGACGAUAUAGGAAUUAUUUAAAACAAAUUUCUUUACUAUUACGCCAAUAGAGUAUCGAUUCCAUUGAUCAAAUCAUUCGCAAAUGAAAUAGUUUCAUUAACAAUCAUAUCUGAUAAGUUUUAACGUGAUAUAAUAUUUAUAUGUGUAUGAUAGAUGUAAAAUUUUAAUCUGCCUAUCCUAUGUGUUCUACAAUAGCGAAGUGUGCCAACGAACUUAUUGAUCGAUAGAAAUAUUUUGUAAUAGCUUAUUACAAAAAUGAAUGUGUGCGUUAUCUAGUUAUCAAAGAAGAAUCACACAAGUCCUGUUUUAUAUAAGCAUUUUCUGACAUCUUGCAGUUAUCUCAUAAGUAAUAACGCGAUGACGAUUAUACAAUAUAAAUUUAGGUUUGUUUUCUUUUUUUUUUUUUUCUUUUUUUUUUCUUUUUUUUUUUUUUAAAUGAUGCUUGAAAAACAGCUGUUACAGAUAAUGAUAAUAAUUAAAAAAGAACGUAGAAAUAGUCAUAUAGUACACGAGACAAUAGGUAUUAACUUUUCAAUGAGAUAGAUAUCUUGCCUGUAUGUAUAUAUAUAUAUGUGUGUGUGUAUA